AUGCGGGCAACGGUGCUUCUAAAUCACUGCUUAACAGCAACAGUUACAUUCCUAAUCGACGUCGCUCUGGCUCAGCACUACAACUGGCUGUCGCUGGCAUUAUCGUCAACAGCUCAAUAUUCUCCAGCAUUCCUUGCAACAUCUGACUACGAUAAACAGCAAUAUCGGGUACUAUGCGAGCGGUUGCCAGGCCUGAAUCCUGCGCAGAUUAGCAUCUGUCAACAGCAUCCGUUUGCAAUCCCAUCGAUUGGACGUGGCGCCCGAGAUUCAGUGGUUGAAUGCCAAGCCCAGUUUAAGUUUGAAAGAUGGAACUGUUCAGAACGGAUAAACAAACAAACUAAUACAACUGCGAAUGGAUUUCAGGAUCUUCUCGGGCGGACGCUUCGAGCUGGGAACAGGGAAACUGCGUUUAUUGGUGCAGUUGCAAGUGCAGCUAUUGUCCAUGCAAUAACGAAAGGAUGUAGCGCAGGCAACCUUACCGAAUGCGGCUGCGACACUCAACCUGGUGGACAACGAUACACGGACCUGGAUCAUUCCGCCGCGAUUGGACGAGAAAAAUUUUCAUGGGGAGGUUGUUCGGACAACUCAAAAUACGGUGUUCAUUUCGCUAAGCAAUUCUUGGACCGUUUUGAAAGGGAGCAGUACGAAAAAGAUCGCGACAUCCGGCACCUGAUGAACCUUCACAACAAUUUUGUUGGUCGAGAGGCGAUUGUUCAAAAUAUGCGCAAACAGUGCCGAUGUCACGGAGUUAGUGGCUCAUGUGAAUUCAAAACUUGCUGGCUGCAAAUGCCAAAGUUCGCCGAAAUUGGCGAGAUGCUCAAGCAACGCUAUAAUCAUUUUGCAGUUCAGGUAGCAAAAAGAGCAAAGAAGCGUUUGCGAAGGAAAGAGCGUUCCGAAAGAAAAAAGCCGCUGCGUGGUAAUGAAAUUGCUUAUAUCAAUAAAUCACCAAACUACUGUGAGCGAAAUGAUGCCGAAGGUAAGUAGAU